CUCAUCCGUCUUUCAAAGCCCCCUUUUCCAUUAAUGUUUCGAUCCAGCAUGGCUUCUCUGAAAGCGGUGCUCGCCUAUUCCACCAGGCUGCUAUCGACACUAAAGAAACCGACCAGUGUCAUCCACGUCAAGAGGACGUUCCUCCUGCCCAGGCUGCCUCUCUUCAGACGUGCAGACGGGAGGCUCAGCGGCUUCGGGCGACGGUCCGGCUCUACAGCAGUCGAAGCAGAGAAAGGAGAAGACUCUUUCCUCAAAUGGUUCCUGCUGCUCAUCCCUGCCACCACCUUCGGCCUCGGUACAUGGCAGGUGAAACGGCGUCAGUGGAAAAUGCAGCUGAUUGACGAGCUGACAAGACUCACUACUGCAGAUCCCAUCCCUCUUCCUCUUGAUCCUCAAGAGCUGAACAGCCUGGAGUACAGAAGGGUGAGAGCGCGUGGACAGUACGACCACUCACGGGAGCUGUACAUCCUGCCUCGCUCCCCAGUGGACCCGGAGAAAGAGGCCAGAGAGGCGGGGAGGCUGUCUUCAAGCGGGGAGACCGGCGCUAAUGUCAUCACCCCGUUCCACUGCACUGACCUCGGCAUCACAAUACUGGUGAACAGAGGAUACGUCCCGCGGCAGAAGAUAAGACCAGAGACCAGGAUGAAAGGACAGGUGGAAGGUGAGGUGGAAGUGGUCGGGGUAGUCAGGCUGACAGAGACCCGAAAACCCUUUGUUCCAAACAAUGAUGUGGAGAGAAACCGCUGGCAUUACCGCGACCUGGAGGCCAUGUCCCGGGUCACUGGAGCCGAGCCCAUCUUCGUUGAUGCCGACUUCGGGAGCACCAUUCCCGGUGGACCGAUAGGUGGACAGACCAGAGUCACACUGAGGAAUGAGCACAUGCAGUACAUAGUUACAUGGUAUGGCCUUUGUGUGGCAACCUCCUACAUGUGGUAUGCCAAGUUCAUCAAGAAGAUUAAAGUGUGAUAUGAUUAAAUGCAGUGCAAUUACACAUGGAUACUGUCUGAAAUGUUGCGUAGAGCCUCUGACACUUAUUUGUACUGGAUCAGCUCCAGCUCGCUGCAUACGUUCACUGACAAAUUUGUAAAUAGCUGUGGAUUAUUCUCCUGAAACAUGUAUUGCAAGAAUAAAUAUAUAAAUUAAUUGA